UCAGUGGUCCGCCCUGUGCGCGAUUUUGAAAGAAGAUAUUCUCGACCUUCUUAGAGAGGGUAACUACGAAGAGAGAAUCCGAAAGGCGAGUACGAUACAAGCGCAUACCGAAGCCCAGUGGUUGACGCUGCCUGCACGGUAUCGACUCGAGGGCGACCUCAAAUCCUACGACGGAAGCCCCAUAGAACGUGACUUCACAGUGAGCGCUCGGCUGAACCACCUCCAUGUCAUGUUCCUACUCCAUCUAGCAUUAGUACGUCGUAUAGAGGAGCUGGACGUGCAACUUAUUGUCAUCUUAGCAACUAUCCUGAGUCUCGUUAUCGAGACAGUUAUUCUCCGAGAGAAUCUGGCUAAUUCGGGCACAUCGCUUCUCUGGAGGAUCGUCUACUAUGGAUUGGCAGCGGCGGGCAUUAUCUGCAUAUCUCUGGCCCGCCAGUCGCUGAAGGUCGCCAGUAGAGAAGUGUCUAUCUCGAAGGUGAUCCAAGACCUGAGCGUUUUAGUAGUCGAAGUAGACGCGGGGGCGUUGGUUCAGCCUGGAGAUCCGAACUAUGCCCUCCUGACCGGACCUACCAAGACGAUCAAAGCCGUCCUCGACAAGCUCAUGUCGAACGCGUUGCUGGAAAACCCAGUUGAUCAGCAGACAACAGAACCCUCUGCAGGUUUUUCUUCAGCGAGCAACAACGACGGGUGUUGGAAUGAUUGGGACAAUUUCCAACCUCAAGACUUCGAAUCGGACUUCUGGAUCAAUUUAGCGGGGCACCCCUUCCUCCAUGGGACCGAAAACUACAGACAGGACUCGGUUUAACUGUCUCUAUAUAUGCAAAGACGUCUAGAUUUUACACGGCAUUUAAAAACUCAGCUCGCAAAACCGUCGCGAAUCGCUCCACAGCCCUUUCCAGAUGAUAUUCGGGGGCCGCCGCAAACGUUAGACGGAAAAGG